AUGUGUCAAUCAAUGGGCCAAGCGAUUUGCGAGCUGAAGCAUAUGCCGCUCUCAGGCGAUAAGGAGCUCGACAGCCAAAUUAAGAAGUGGGUUAAAUGGGAUCGCAACCAGGACACAUUGUCUCAAAUAAUGGAGGCAGUCAGGAAUGAGGAUUGGGACACGCUGCGGUGUCGUCUCUGCCGACGCAUUGACUUCGGAACGGCCGGGCUGAGGGCCGUAAUGCGAGCGGGCUUUGAUUCCAUGAACGAAUUGGUCGUCAUACAGACCAGUCAGGGACUCUGUGCCUACAUAAAGGAACAGUGCCCGGACGAAGCUGAGUGGGCCGAGCGCGGCGUUGUAAUUGGGUUCGAUGGUCGAUACAACAGUCAACGGUUUGCGGAACUAACAACCAUUGUCUUUUUGAGCAACAAUUUUCGAGUAUUUCAGUUCAAGCGUAUGGUCGGCACCCCCUUCGUGCCCUACACAGUGAUGAGGAUGCACUCGCUAGCCGGUGUGAUGAUAACUGCAUCUCACAAUCCCAAGCAGGAGAACGGCUAUAAGGUUUAUUGGAGUAACGGUGCGCAGAUAAUACCGCCACACGACGAGGGUAUUCAAAAUGCGAUAAUGGAGAACUUGCAGCCACAUCCGGAUUCUUGGGAUGAGACGCUGCUCUGCGGCAACGAUUUGCUGUCCGAUCCAUACAACAACGUUCUGCCGCCCUAUUACGAUGCGCUCAAGAAGGAGAUAUCGUGCCCGCUCAUGGAGGCCAACGGCAGGUGCCCAUUAACCUUCACCUACACCCCGAUGCAUGGCGUUGGCUAUGCGUAUGUCAAGCUGGCGUUCAGCAAGAUAAACCUUAAGGCCGUAAUACCCGUGAUGCAGCAGGUUGCGCCCGAUCCAGAAUUCCCCACGGCACCUUCGCCCAAUCCGGAAGACCCGAAGACUUUGUGCUUGGCAAUCGAACGAGCCAAUGAGAAGAAGACGGAAAUCAUCUUAGCCAAUGAUCCGGAUGCGGACCGUCUGGUUGUCGCCGAGCUCGAUGAGACUAAGAAUUUCAAGGUGUUCACUGGCAACGAAAUGGGCGCCCUGCUCGGCUGGUGGGCAUUGGAGAACUACAAGAUAAAUGAGGAGAACCCCGACAUAGCCAAUUGUGUGAUGAUCUCCAGCACAGUGAGCUCGAAGCUGCUGAAGUCCAUGGCCCAGGUGGAGGGAUUCACGCACCACGAGACGCUGACGGGCUUCAAAUGGAUCGGCAACAAGGCGAUCGAGGAGCAGAAUGCUGGCAAAAAGGUGCUUUUCGGAUUCGAGGAGGCCGUCGGCUACAUGAUUUCCACCAGUGUCGUCGAUAAGGAUGGCAUCCGAGCUGCGGCGCACGUGGCCACCAUGGCCUGCUACUUGCGCUGCAAGAAGUGUAUGACGAUGCAGGAGAAACUGCGGGACUUGUACGAGAUGUACGGAUUCCAUGCCACUGUUGGCUCCUACGUGAUGUGCACCGACAGUGGACUAACCAAGAGGAUCUUCGAUCGUCUGCGCACCUUCGAGGACGGUCAGGAGAACACAUAUCCGACGAACAUCUUGGACGGGGAGUACGAGGUGGAGAGCGUGCGGGACCUCACCACGGGCUACGACAGCAGCACUCCCGAUAAGAAACCAGUGCUGCCAGUCAGUGAGUCCUCCCAGAUGAUAACGUUUGUCUUUAAGAAUGGCAUGGAGGUGACACUGCGAACGAGCGGAACCGAGCCAAAGAUCAAGUACUAUGCCGAGAUGGCCGGCAAGCCCGAAAACAAGCAUUGGGACGAGCUGACAACGACACUCAACAAAAUGAUGGAUGGCGUUAUCACUGAGUUCUUGGAGCCCGCAAAGAAUGGGCUGAAGGUGCGCAAGGAAGAAUAAAAUUGAAAUGGGAAGGGUUUUCAUAUAUGUAUAGGGCCCCGCAAAUUUUUAGUUUUCUCCACAAAUUUUCAGUUAUUUCAAAAUGCAUUACAAAUGCAAUAUGAUGAACACGAACCAUGCCUGAUACGAAUAUGAAAACAGAUAUUUCUUGAUAAUUAGAUAGAUGGUAAAAAAAAUUAAUAAAUAAAACUAUCAGUGUAAUCAA